CUCCGACCUGCUCAUUAGGGAUGCGGGCUCCAGCGAUUGGACGGCGGCGCCUCGGCUUUGAAGGUCGCCUCGCGAGCGCAAAUACUUUAAGUGUGGAUGGGUGAAGGGAACGCGUCUUAAGAGAAAUACGCGCGGAGGCUCGCGGUUCGAGGGGUGCGCUGUGGGGAUCUCUGGGAUUUUGCGGGGUUUUUUUUCCUCCCCGUCGCACCCAUGCGCGCGCUCCCGCUGCCUCCUUUCGCGGCGUGAAGGGGUUUGUUGCCCUGCGAUCCGGGGCAGUUCGCGCAGCCUGGUGACUGUUGUCUUGGCAGAGAAGGAGGACGGCAGCGGGGCGAUCAGGGCUCGGACCAUGAGCCCUGUCUGAAGGGAGGAGGAAGGGCGCCACCCUGUUCCGCUGUGGACUGCCUGCGCGAGGGGAUCUUAUAAAGAACGUGUGUCUGUCUGUCGUUUAUUUUUGUUUCUCCUGGAUUAUAAGAGAAAUAGAACGAAAAGGGGCCCGACUCGAGUGCGUGGCACCGUGAGUGACACGGACGGUGUGACACAAAUGCGCGCUGAGCCGCCGUCCGCCGCACCGCUUCGCUCCGCUCCAAAUGCGCGAUUCCUCCCUCGGAUGUGACACGCAGCGAGCACGCGAGCACACGCACGAGCGCAGCGACAGCGGCGACGGCCCCCGUUCCCUCGAGCGCCGCGGGACACGAAGCGCGCACGCACCGGCGUCACCGUCCCGGGCCCCGUGCCAGUGCCCGAGUCCGUCCGACCCCGCGCGACAGGCGAGGCGCCUGCCCAUCAGGGUUCUCAAGAUGCUGACCGCGCACACCGGCCACUUGCUGCACCCGGAGUAUCUGCAGCCUCUCACUUCGGCGCCAGUGAGCAUCGAGCUGGAUGCCAAGAAGAGCCCCCUGGCCCUGCUGGCGCAGACCUGCUCACAGAUCGGCAAACCGGACCCGCCACCACCCAGCAAGCUGGGCUCCAUCACCUCCAGUGGCCUUGGAGACAAGGAGCCCACAGGCCGCUCUUCCGGCUCAUCGGGCCUCAAGCUGGGUGAGCACCGACAGCCCCUGGAAGACAAGUCCAGCUUCAAGCCGUACUCCAAAGUGGGCGGCGAGGGCCGCAAGGACGGUCCAGGGAGCGGCGGCUCUGACAAAGCCGGGUUCCGGGUGCCCGGUAGUGGCAGUAGUGCGGCAGCUUGCACGGCCUUUCCGCCGCACGCAGUCUCACCAAAUCCCAGGGUGGGUUCACCCUCCCAGCACGUGGCGCCACAGCCAUCCCCGCCUACUCAGCCGCCCCAGCCUCCACAGGCCCAGCACGCAGACAGCAAGCCAAGCGCUGCCGACCCUGCCGAUGGCGGCCCCGGCGCCAUGAGAAAGGAAGCCGAACUGGGGAGGCCCGGCGCGGACGGUGCCCAACUGGCCAACUCAAGCCACGCCAGGGCCAGCGCUGACUCGAGCAGCAGCAGCUCUGAUGGCAGCCCGCACCAUGAGGGCAAAGGUGAUGCGCAGCCGUCCCAGCAAGCCCUAGGCUCCGGACACAUAGCGCCCGUCUCACCCUUCAAACCGGGCCACUCUGUGUUCCCACUGCCGCCCUCCAGCAUGGGAUAUCAUGGCUCCAUCGUGGGCGCCUACGCGGGCUACCCCUCCCAGUUCGUCCCAGGGUUGGACCAUGCCAAGUCCAGCCUGGUGGCUGGAGGUGUGGGGGUGCCAGGGAAGCACCCCAGCUCCAGCCCGCUCACUGGCGCUUCCCCCCCAUCCUUCAUGCAAGGGCUGUGCAGGGACCCAUACUGCUUGACUUACCCCAACUCUUCCCACCUGGGCGGCAGCAACUGCUCGUCCUGUGUCCACGACCCGUCCUCCACGCUCAAGUCCAGCUUCCCCUUGAUCUACCCGACACACCCGCUCCACCCGCUCCAUCCCGGCUCGCUCUCGUCCAGCGCCACACCAUCUCUCUCCCACCCGCUCUACACCUACGGCUUCAUGCUGCCCAAUGAGCCCCUCUCCCAUGCCUGCAAUUGGGUGUCGGCUGCAGGGCCGUGCGACAAGCGCUUCGCCACCUCCGAGGAGCUCCUUGCCCACCUGCGCACACACACUGCCCUCCCCGGCGUGGACGGCAAGCUGCUCCCCACCUAUCCCUCUGCUCCCGGUUCGUCUGCGGCAGCUGCUGCGGCCGCGGCUGCCUCCUGCCACCUUCACCUGCCUCCGCAGAGCAGUCCCGGCUCCUUCUCCCUGCGGGCUCCACCCAGCCUCGGCUUGGCCCGCUACCACCCUUACAGCAAGGUGCACCUGCCCAGCGCCCCCUCCCUGCCCAUGCACUCGCUGCCAGCCUCGGCGCCCUACUACUCACCCUAUGCCCUGUACAGCCAGAGGUUGGGCUCCGCCUCCGCGCUCGGCUACCAGUGAGUCAUGCUGCCAGGGACUCAACCGCUCCGGAGAGCGGGGGAACUGGCCCAGGAUGCUGCCGGCCACCUGUAGGGGGCACCCUGAGCCUCUGCUCUCACCCGGGUCCUGUAUCGAUCACGCUGGGACGGGGGAUCCGCCAGAGCCACCCUGAGCUUCCAGCGAUGGAAUUUGAGAAAGCAGACACGCUCGCGGCAUGGGAGACACUGGCAGAACUGGUCGUGCGCACGUGACCCCAGAGGAUGCCGGAUGGGCCACUCGUCUCCGUUUCCCUCUGACUCUUUUCACACGGUUUCACACUCAACGACUGAAGAGGUGUAUUUAUUUUUUACAGAGCGCUUGGCUUCCAAGUUCAGGGGGAGUUUAUUAUCUGAACGCAUUGUUCUUAAGUAUUCUUACUAUUCUAAUAAAAAAUAUUAUUAUGCUUAUUAUACACUUUUUAAAAUAAGUUUUGUGGUAUGCAACUUGGCAACAGUUAAUGGCAAGCCUCUAAUGAAGAUAUUUUUUUUUCCUCUCGCACCCUCUCUUUUUCUACCUGUCUCCUAGUGGUUCGACUCCUUGCGUGGAAGGGCGUGCCCUUCACACGUCGCUCACCAGACUGAAAAAGCUUUUUUUAAUUUGUACAGCUCAUGAGGAAAACAUAAUAAGAGAUGUAAUAUUUUUUUGUAUUGUAUUUGUGUGAGCUGGCCAGAAUGGGGGGGUUCAUGGGCUGGGGUGGCAGGUGCUUAAUAAUUAAGGAGAUGAAAUGGCGAUGGCAGUGCUGUCAGUAUAAAGGGGAAGGUCUUAUUUUGUUUAAUAAAUGACAAUGAUUAUAUUUAAACCAUGCAGGUUUUAUUGGACUCUGUUCUGGAUACAGGAUGUUCUCUUUUGGUUUAGGUGCUCUAAGGUCCAAUGUUUGACAUUUAUGUUCAUUCCUCCAAAGUGUCACGCAGCUCAGAGUAAACUAAUAUAUAUAACAGGUAAAGGCUGCAUUGGGCCGUGGAGGACAAGCGCACAAGUUUGCGGAGUUCCUUGUGGAGGAUCUCAUGAGCACUUCUCUCAGCGUGAGUCCAGUGGGACAGAUGUGCUAGUUCAGAACCUGUGCCUGCACCUGCUGUUCUGCCUUUAGGAGAAGGAGAAGGUAAAUCACGCUGGGUGAAUUUGUUCAGCUGCAGACUGUGAACAUCACUGUGGACGGGGGGGCCGCCGCUUAUCGAGCGAAUAAUGAUGCCAGUGGUUACGGUAGGGUUCCCCUCCCUGAGAGUGGCAUACUAAUCCAAAGUUUGAAGAGCCACAGGUGAGAUCUGACCUGGAGGAUGUAGCUUUAAUUAAGAGGUUACUGCUUCUUUCAUUAGCAGCUGGACGACAAAGCAGUUUGCCUAAAAAUCAUGAGAUAAGUAGCCAGUACUUGGCAUGAUAUGCAAUAUGUGGGUGGUGUCUAACAGGAGGUGCAAGCUGAGGUCAGCGCGCUCGUCAGCCAAGCGCUCAGUGGUGCUGAAUGUGUGUCUGGCCCUAUUGUCCUAAAUGAUGGAUGAUUUUGACACUGCCAUGAUGAAUUAGGUGUGAUCCACACCCACCUUGGAUCAUCUCUGAUGGGUUGGGGUGGGGGGUCAGCAGGAGACUGGGGGGCUAUUGAGGGUGACGUGACAGAUUCUUUCCGCGACCUCCUGACCUUUCUUAGACAAGGCACUGCGGACGGGUUUCAACCCCAAAACACCCUGAGCUGCUCUCUUUCUAGGUUUUACCAAGACAGUAGUACCUAACACACGUGGAAAAUAAUAAUAAUAAUAAUAAAACGACAACUUAAAAUUUUUG